AAUCCUCAUUUUUGUUCUUUUUCCAGGAAAACUUAAUUUGGGUUGAUCCCAAGCAGCAAAUCCGGGCAGGAAUUGGGAAUUCCAGAGGUUCGUUAAUGGCUGAAUUAAAGGUGAGCCCCGGCCCGGCCGUGGCCUCUCCGGCCGCCAGCCCCGACUCCUCUCCCCACGAGGGCCCCUCGGCCGCGCCCUCGGCCCCCGGCGGCUCCCCCACGUCCGACUCGGAGAACCUGAGCCCGGACGAGCUGGAGCUGCUGGCCAAGCUGGAGGAGCAGAACCGGCUGCUGGAGGCCGACUCCAAGUCCAUGCGCUCCAUGAACGGCUCGCGGCGGAACAGCGGCUCCUCGCUGGUCUCCAGCUCCUCGGCCUCGUCCAACCUCAGCCACCUGGAGGAGGACACCUGGAUCCUCUGGGGCCGCAUCGUCAACGAGUGGGACGAGUGGAGGAAGAAGAAGGAGAAGCUGCUCAAGGAGCUGAUCCGGAAGGGGAUCCCGCACCAUUUCCGCGCCAUCGUGUGGCAGCUGCUGUGCAGCGCGGCCGAGCUGCCCCUGCGGCACCAGUACUCGGAGCUGCUGCGGAUGUCGUCGCCCUGCGAGCGCCUGAUCCGCCGCGACAUCGCCCGCACCUACCCCGAGCACGACUUCUUCAAGGGCCAGGACAGCCUGGGCCAGGAGGUGCUCUUCAACGUCAUGAAGGCCUAUUCCCUGGUGGAUCGGGAGGUCGGCUACUGCCAGGGCAGCGCCUUCAUCGUGGGACUGCUGCUGAUGCAGAUGCCGGAGGAGGAGGCCUUCUGCGUCUUCGUGCGCCUGAUGCAGGAGUACCCGGCUGCGCGAGCUCUUCAAGCCCAGCAUGCCGAGCUGGGGCUCUGCAUCUACCAGUUCGAGUUCCUGCUCCAGGAGCAGCUGCCGGAGCUGAACGUGCACUUCCGCUCGCAGAGCUUCCUCACCUCCAUGUACGCCUCGUCCUGGUCCUCACGCUCUUUCCUCACCACCUUCCCCCUGCCCGUGGCCACGCGCGUCUUCGACAUCUUCAUGUACGAGGGGCUGGAGAUCGUGUUCCGCGUGGGGAUGGCCCUGCUCCAGUUCAACCAGGCCGAGCUGGUCCAGCUGGACAUGGAGGGGAUGUCCCAGUACUUCCAGAAGGUGAUCCCGCACCAGUUCGACUCCUGCCCCGACAAGCUCAUCCUCAGGGCCUGCCAGGUCAAGUACAACCCCAAGAAGAUGAAGAGGCUGGAGAAGGAGUACGCUGCCCUCAAGAGCAAAGAGAUGGAGGAGCAGAUCGAGAUCAAGCGGCUCCGCUCUGAGAAUCGGCUGCUGAAGCAGCGCAUCGAGACCCUGGAGAAGGAGAGCGCGGCCCUGGCCGAUCGCCUCAUCCAGGGCCAGGUGACGCGGGCGCAGGAGGCCGAGGAGAACGACGUCAUCCGGCGGGAGCUGGCGCUGGUGCGGCAACGCUGCAGCUCGGCCACCGAGAGCCUGCGGCGGGCACAGAGCACCAUCCGCGAGCUGCAGGUGUGUCACUGUCACCUGUGCCACCCGUGGGUGUCACCUGUGUGUGGGAACCGCCGUCUGAGCGAGGAGUUCGUGGCGCAGCUGGAGACGGAGCUGGAGCAGUCGCGGCUCCGCGAGAGCGAAACCCUGGGGGCCCUCAAGGAGAUGCAGGACAAGGUCCUGGACAUGGAGAAGCGCCAGACGCUGCUGCCGGACGAGGCCAACGUGCUGCGGCUGCAGGAGGAGCUGCAGGGGCUGGCCCUGCGCGAGGCCGAGGCGCUGAGCGCCCUCAGCGACCUGCAGAGGCAGGUGCGGGAGCUGGGGGACACCUGGCAGGUGUCGCGCGGGGGCCGCUGGAAGGAGCCGCGGGCGCUGCACGAGGCCGUGCUGGGGGCGCGGCUCAGGGAGACCCAGGCCCAGCUGGAGCUGCGGGCGCUGAGGCAGAGGGUGCUGCAGCUGGAGACCCAGGGCCGGAUCCAGCGGUCCGUUCUGGGCCGGGCCGAGCAGGCCUGUGCCGGGCUGCGGGAGCAGCUCCGCGCCGCGGCCGCCCAGAGCCAGGGGCUGCAGGCCCAGCUCAGCGAGAGCCACCGCAAGCACGCAGAGGCCCAGUGCAAGAGCAAGGAGGAGGUGAUGGCCGUGCGGCUGCGCGAGGCCGACAGCAUGGCCGCGCUGGCCGAGAUGAGACAGCGAGUGGCCGAGCUCGAGAUCCAGCGGGAGGAGGGCCGCCUGCAGGGCCAGCUGGAGCACUCGGACGCGGCUCAGUACAUCCGGCACCUCAAGGGACACAUCGAGGAGCUCAAGGCCGAGAUCCGGCUGCUGCGGGGGCCGCUGGCCUUCGGGGCCGUGGCCUUGGGGACGCGCCUGGGGGACGAGGACUCGCUGGGCUCGUCCGACGAGGAGCUGCCACCCUUCGCCCUGAGCCCGGGCCACAUCGGGGACAUCGGGGACAUCGAGGACAGCAGCGACAGCGAGCCCGAGGGGCCACCACCCCCGGCACCGUGAGCGCGGGG